GAUGAAAUUUUAAAAUUUAUUAAUAAUGCACCAGACUAUGUUCACUUAGCUUCAAAGGUUAUUUUAAUCUUUGGCAUAUGUGGAGCUCUUAGAUGUGAUGAACUUACGAAACUUAAAAUUCAAGAUGUAGAAAACAACGGUAAUAAGUAUCUUGUUUCUAUUCAUGAAUCAAAAAAUGACAUGCCUCGACAAUUUAUUAUUGGAGACCUUUUUUAUAAGAAAGUUACUCAGUACAUGUCACUGAGGCCUAAAGAUCAAUUUACUGAUAGAUUUUUUAUCCAGUAUCAUAAAGGGAAGUGUCAACGUCAGGUUAUUGGCAAGAAUAAAAUUGGGGAGACACCUCAAAUUAUAGCUGCAUACCUUAAUUUAGAAAAUCCAAAACAGUACACCGGUUAUUGCUUUCGUAGAACGGGUGCUACGCUUUUAUCCAACUCAGGAGCAAGCACUACCAUGCUUAAACAACCAGGUGGAUGGAAGUCACUUACAAUAGCACAAGGUUACGUCGAAAAUUCGUUAAAAAAUAGAGAAAAAAUUUAUGAACGUAUUACUAAUGCUACUGUAUCUAAUGAUCAUCUGAAUCCACAACCAUCGACUAGUAAAAAUUAUUCUAGUGGCACAAUAACUGCAAAUAAAAAUUUGAAAUCUACUGAACAAAAUGAUAAUUCCGAUAAUUUUUCUGAUGAUUUUAUAAUAAGUGAAGAUGAUCUAGUAGCAAUUGAUAAAUUAAAUCAGUUAACAACAACAAAACCUCCAAUAACCUCGGUUACAACACAGACAAAAAGAAAAGUACUAACAGAAUCUAAUAAACCAUUACCUUCAACUCAUUUUAUGUCAUUACCACCAAUUCCAUCACUCUUUGUUAAAAAACAAGAAAAUGAACCACCGUUAAAAAUGAAAAAACAUUAUGAAACUAAUACUCAUAUUGACAUAUAA